AUGUUCGUAGCCGCAUUGGAUCCAUACUAUCUCGGCCUCACUGCCAUCAUCACAGUGGGCUGGCAAGCCAUAGGCUUCGCCAUUGCCUACGGACUGCAAAUCGACACCAUUACCGAUUUCUGGAGCGCCAUCAACUUUUUCGCUCUUGCACUCAUCACCCUGCUCUUCGGCGAUUCCUUUUAUGCGCGCAACAUCAUCAGCAGCAUCUUUGUGAUGCUGUGGGCCGUGCGACUAGGAGCUUGGCAAUUGUUCCGCAUGCUCAAGAUGGGCGGCGAUAGCAGGUUCGACGAGAUGAGGGCCAAACCUUUGAAAUUUGCACAGUUUUGGAUCGCUCAGGCUCUUUGGGUUUGGACUGUCAGCACGCCAGUCGUCGUGCUCAAUAGUCCGGCUGUCAGCAGAGCGCUGGAUGGCUAUGGCGGUACGGAUUACCCCUUUGCAACGGCAAAGGAUAUCAUCGGCAUCAUCUUUUGGCUACUCGGUUUUGCAUGCGAAGCCUUUGCCGAUCUGCAAAAGGUGAGUUUUGAGUGACCUCCUCCAGCGGGGCGGGGCCUUCAUCGUUUGCGUGGGCCCGCGCGUCAGACCUGCAUGGAGAGCAUUGGUCACGUGUGCCCACAUGGUCUUGGUGCUCAACCAUUCACUCGCCUCUUAUUGCCCUCCCCACUCGAACUCUCUCUCUCUCUCUCUCCCAUCACCUCGAUUCACCUCUCUGCCAGUACACGUUCAAGCAAUCCAAACCGCCUCGCGGAGCGAUUACGGACACGGGGCUAUGGCACUACAGUCGACGACCCAACUAUUUCGGCGAGAUUCUCUUGUGGCUAGGCAUCUAUCUGCUCGUCAUCUCUCCCGCCUCUUCCUCCACCAUCUCCCGCAGAGGUCACGAUGCGCUGCUAGCAACAGUGAUCAGUCCCCUCUUCACCUUUAUGCUGCUCAUGUUCCUCUCCGGUCUGCCGCUCAGCGAAAAACCAUCGCAAGAAAAGUCCUUUUUGAAAUCUCACGGCUACGCUUCCAAGGAUAGGAAUCAGGAAGCUUUGCCACCGUUCAGACAACAGACGCAGGGAGAUCAUUGGGAGAGGUACAAGGCUUUUAGGAGCAGGACCUCCUUGUUGAUUCCCAUUCCCCCGGCCAUCUAUCAGCCUCUACCUCGCUGGAUCAAGUGCUCAAUCCUAUGCGAUUGGCCCAUGUACAAUUUCGACGAGAAGAGGGAUGGACCGAAAGCUUUGCAGGCUGAUGAGAAGAAGCAACAGGAUCAGAGCGCUUAG